AUGUAUUUUUCAGGUGCCACGGGCUCAAUUUUGUCCUUUUUCGUCUCGGUAUCGAUCGUUUUGCUGUUAAUGUUUGCUUAUCAAUGGAUCUUUGUCGGAUUGGUGUCGACGAUUUGGGAGGAAUUCUUAAAGCCACUGCUUCAAGAAUGGCCGCAGGUGCAGCAGCUAUGCGCUUUGCAGCUUCUACAUCUUACUAUCUUUCGCCGCGCUGGUGACCGGCUGCUUUGCGUGCGGAUACUUUUUGCCGUUUACGAAUUUGAAGGGCUCUGUUUUGCCGGACAGGCUCUCUGCGGAGCCCUGAUAUUUUCGACAUUCUGGGCGAACAUCGCCAAGGAUCCGCUGCCAAAACUCGAGAACAACUGCACGGCGCACCUCUUCGACGAGUACCAAAUCCUGGAAGACGGCCAGCACGGUGUUUUCUACAAUACGAUGGCCGAUUUUCCAUUGGAUUUUGUGCCGUUGUUUUUGACAAUGGUGUUCACCCUCGUAUAUCAACUACAUUCCGAAAACGCCGCCCGUUCGUCGAGUCCGACUCCUUCCCGCUAUGCUCAAAGCGACGCGAGUGGCACCGGACCACGCCCGCAGCUACAG